UCCAUCAUCCCUCUCUCUUGUUCCUCACUAUCUAUGCAGCCUUUCCACUCCCCCCAACCCCCCACCAUCCAAGAAAACCACCACCACGAACCUCAGUACAAGAACUUAGUUCCCGAACCAUGGCAGCCACUGCAGCCGCGUCUGUGGGCUCAUAUUUCUCUUCAUCCAUCCACACCCUCAAAUGUGUCCGCUCUAAUCACUGCCCAUCUCACCCUCCUCAAAUAAGAAUUUCAUCAACCCGCAUGUUAGCAUCCAUAUCUCAUUCUUCCAGGCUCGAACACCUUUCAGUCUGCGGCAUCUCGAGCAAGUGGCGGUUUCUGAGGUUAUCAGCUGCUGUUGAUCAGGAAGAGGUGGCAGUGACAGCUGAUUUAGAAGAAGGGUUGGGUGAAGAGGAGGAUAACGGAGGAGAGGAAGUGUUGGAUGGAGAGGCUGAAAGUCCUGUGAACACUAAGCUUUACUUUGGGAAUCUGCCUUAUAGUGUGGACAGUGCCCAGCUUGCUGGCAUCAUUCAGGACUUUGGAAGCCCAGAGCUGAUUGAGGUUCUGUAUGACAGGUACACUGGGAGAAGCAGAGGAUUUGCAUUUGUGACCAUGAGUAGUGUUGAAGAUUGUGAUGCUGUUAUUCAAAAUCUGGAUGGAAAAGAAUAUAUGGGCCGAACCUUGAGGGUGAAUUUUUCGGACAAACCUAAAGCUAAAGAUCCUUUGUAUCCCGAAACUGAUCAUAAGCUUUUUGUUGGGAAUUUGUCCUGGUCAGUAACGUCGGAGAGUUUGACACUAGCAUUUCAGGAGUAUGGAAAUGUGGUUGGAGCAAGGGUUCUGUAUGAUGGAGAGACAGGAAGGUCACGUGGUUACGGUUUUGUAUGCUACUCCACAAAAUCAGAGAUGGAAACUGCCCUCGACACUCUUAAUGGAGCAGAGCUAGAAGGAAGAGCAAUGCGAGUAAGCCUGGCUCAAGGAAAAAGAUCAUAAGAUGAACAGCAGGGUAUUAACUAAAGGUAGGUUAAUGAUCAAACUUUCAAGUCCAGUGGUGCUCAAGAAAUGAGAAGGAUGUGCUAUUUGGCUAUCAGAAUCUGUGAUUGUGAAAUCAAAUGAUGGUUUGUGCUAAUGCUAACCGUGAUCACGUUCUGCAUAGCUGAUAAAAAAUGCUAAGAAGUAUCAUUAUCAUCGACUCAUGCAUGACAGAUGAGGCUGUAUAUCAACAACUGCAUAAGCAUUCAAGGCCUAAAAUCAAGGCCAAACAAGUAUUGUAUCUAAGAAAUUGGAAAUCUUAUUAUAGUAAUUAGUAUGAGGGGCCUAUUUUCACUUA